AUGGAUACACACGCCCAUGAUCCAAUCUUCUUUGGCGGCACAGAUCUAGCUGCAGGAACUUUGUGCAUUGAUCAGACUGGUCUUCUUGGGGCUCCAGCCGGUCUAGAUUCUUCUAUACCAUUUGGCCAUGACCUCCCAAGUGUGCCAACUCAGUUGGCAGCAGGACUGCCCACAGAAUCAUUGCUGCCUCAACGUUCCUUUUCCGCAUCACCAAGGCAACGUUCGCUUCGACGACCAUCCUUCGGACGCGAUGUCCUAACCUUUGCUGUUGAUGGCGCUCCUGCCGCUGAAGCCGUUGUGCCUCGCGAGGGCAAAAUUGAGUUAGUACGAGGGAAGCUGCCGAAGAUAACGAGAAAAUACAAGAAGAGGGAACAGUUAGAAGACGAUUCGGAUGAUGAUAUCGAGAGGUCAAAGACGGCAGACAUCCCGAUUAAUCCUCAGGAUUAUUACGGGAGACCUGCAAAGAGCCCAAAGCCAUGGGGAUGGAUGAGCCUGAAACGCGAUGAGUGUACGUUCCGAUAUAAUGAGCUUGGCGAAUUCGCGUACACUGUGACGUUUUCAAAGGCAGAAUUGCAAGCCUAUUUCGAUGGCCAUCCACCAAAACGCCACGGCCACAACCACUGGGUUGACAGACAAUUACUGCCCGGGGAGAGAAUCCGACAUGGCAAAACACGGUCUGGUCUGACUCUGUGGAUAGGUUGGACACCGGCUCAUGCAAACAGUCGAUAUCCCAGCGCAGCUUAUUCCAAUAAAUGCCGGUUCUAUGAUUGUCCUGUUCCCAACAGAACCUUCAGGGGUGGCUGCCCUAGGGUAGCUUUUGAUGAGCGGAUGAACACCGACGGUAGGUUUCGUGACCCCUACCAUGUCGCUGGUUACGUGCAUCUAUUCUGCCUAGAGCAGCACUUUGACAUUAUCAAGCUCAUGGAAACAGUUGAUAUUCGCCUGGAUAUGAGGAUAUUCCAAAAGGAAGAGAACCUUGCCGGAUUCCAUUCGCGUCCAGAUCAAGAGACAAAAAUACAAGCAGCUUGCGAUUGGCUCUCGUCGGAAUGGCCCCGAAAGGUUGAGUGGGACCACUACCUCUAUAACUUGAACGAACAAAGAAUCAAGUCUCGGCAUCUCUUGACUCGCGAACAAGCCGUAAGGCCGCGCCACUUUGACGACAGCCUUACAAAGAAGAUGGUGGAAACCGACUUCAAUAACUACACCCAGUCUGGAUCUUCGUCGCGCGAGUCACGCAAGAAGAAGGGCAACGCAGAUGGCAAAAAGCCAGUUGAUGCUGGUGAACAUCUGGGCAAUAUCGAGUAUGUGGCUGCAGAGCGUAGGGCUCGUUCAGGUAAAAGGUUAACCAAGAAGCUCAAGCAGCGACCCGCUGUAUUUCGAGAUGACAGGUUUCUUCAGCAUCGGGUAUAUGCUGCCGAGCACUUUACUCGCGGCUUCGUACCGGGUCGACAGGGACCUUCGGACCGGGACGCUCUCGGACGACCCCGUCGAGGGUUCAAGCCCGAACCCUUUGUUACUCCCGAAUCUUCACUGCUUGCCAGGCCACAGCAUGUAUAUCCUGCACAAGGCUAUACUUUUCCCAGCUCAGAUCCGCAAGUAACCGGGUUUGACCUGCAUCCGUCAAUGCCUACCUCUUUCCCUUCGAACGUUCCCAGUAACCAGCUUCUCCCAGACUUUUCGCAACUUCUUGAAGGUCAUCAAAAAUUUGACAUGUCGGAUUCAAAAGCCGACGAAACCUCGCUGGUCCCGAACGAAUUAUCCCAAAAACGACCUAAGCGUGCUCGCGAGCAUGAUAUUUCUGAUGUCACUAUCGACCAAGUUGCACUCGCUGCUCACGGACCGCAGAAGCGACAACGAAGAAACACGGAGUGGACAUCACCACGACGAAGUUUAUUACCCUCCCAGUGCCGUCGCGAUUCCACUCAGCUCGGGAAAGACCGGGAACAGUCGCCCGAGUGUUUUUGGAGUAUGCCUCGUUCUGGUCCAGUACUGUGUAUGCACCGAGGAUCAAGUCCUGUUGACUUUAACUCAAAAUACAGAACUCUGUCAUUGAAACGUAAGUGGGACGAGGGAGAAACCCGACCUGGUCAAGAAGAAGGGUCUUCUCAGCAUGCAGACAGUCAACCACCAAGAAAGAAGAGUUGCAUCGAUGCGUUGCUUCCGUCGGAACUUGAGAGGAACAUCAGUCCAAACGCUCUGACCGACAUGGAUUUCCACAACAGCUUGGCCAACUUCAAUCCAGAUUUCAAUUUUCCUGCAAGUGAUUUCGACCUCAUGGACAUGGAGCAAGAUCUUGCUCUCUCUGACGAACAGCUUCACCUUCUUUUCCAAAGUGCCGGUCCUGGAGAUACUGAUCAUGUGGAGGGCACAUAUGACAAUUGUACGGCAGAAUGGUUCGAAGAGCAGCUAGCGAUGACCGGGGAUCUUGGCCAAGAUCUGAUGCCACCAGUUUCGAAUACUCCGGUCACAUUCUUAGAAAGCGAUGAAUUUGCGCAUGUCAAGAGCGAGGAUGCGCUUUCGCAGCCGGCGUUGGACGGCGAUACUAACCCGCAAGACGAAGCUACUGUUCAGUUGCCAUCAGUUGCGGCUUCAAAGGAGCAGCUACAAGAGAUUGCACAUUUGGAGAACACGACACACGAUAAAGAGAUCAAUGGGCUGUCUAGCCUCGACGAACCAGCGGAACCAUCACCGCAAACACCACCUCCCCAUUCGGGUGUCCUAGAUACAAAAUCUGUGAUUUAUUUUGCGGACAAGGAAAGUAACCAUGAGGAGGAUGAUAUUGAUGAUCUCUUCAACGAGGACCUGAACGAAUAA